GAGGUUGGGGUGGGCCAGUUCACUGCGUGUCCCUCUGAGCGGGAUGAAUUUGGUUGGGAGAGACCAUUGUACGGGGAGAUUUGGGCAGUACUGGGGUGACUUCUGCGCAUAUGAAUGGAGAGGGCCCGGCCCCCUUUGCCUCCUCACCCCACCUCACGGACACUUCGGCACCCAGAGCCCAAGGGCUGGGUCAGGGACAGACCCCACCCAAUGAAGGCGGGAGAUGGAGAAGUGGGUCCCGGAGACCCCUCAGACUGUCUGGGGUUUGGUCCAUCUCAACUGAGGAUACACCCCAAGGAGACCGAGAUCCCAGAAGAAGAGGCGCCCGGAGGGGCCGAGCCGGAGGCUGUGACCCUGGUGCAGCUCAUCGACGAGCACGGGGAGUACUCGACCGCCUGCCUCGUCCGCAGAGGGGCGGCGGUGGGGCGCUCUGGGAAGGCGGUGCCAGGCUCGCUGCGUGAGGUCCCCGAGGGGCCGGCACGGCCCAGGCCGUUCAGCUGCGCGGCGUGCGGGAAGGCCUUCAAGCGCUCGUGGGAGCUGCUGAGCCACGAGGUGGUGCACACGGCGGCGCGGCCCUUCCGCUGCGGCCUGUGUGCGGCCGCCUUCAAACGCCACUCGGACUGCAAGAGCCACCGGCUGGUGCACAGCGACGAGCGGCCGCACGGCUGCGACGCCUGCGGCAAGCGCUUCAAGAGAGCCAGCAACCUGCAGGAGCACCGGCGCAUCCACACGGGCGAGCGCCCCUUCUCCUGCCCAUCCUGCCCGAAGUGCUUCAAGACCCCCUAUGAGCUGCACCGCCACCAGCGGCUGCACGCGACCGCGCCGCCCUUCCCCUGCCCAGGAUGCGGCAAGGCCUUUGCAGCUGGGCCUGCCCUGCUUCUGCACCGACGGCAGCACUGCGAGGACCAGCCCCACGCGUGCGCAGUGUGCGGCAAGCGCUUCGCCUAUGGCCACAGCCUGCGGGUGCACGAGCGCGCGCACACGGGCGAUUGGCCCUUCAUCUGCAGGCUGUGUGCCAAGGCCUUCAAGCAGUCCAACGUGUUGGCCUCUCACCGUCGCGUGCAUUCGGGCGAGCGGCCCUUGCCCCGCGACACCUGCUGCAAGGCCUUCUCCCGACCCUCGCUGCUCCUGCAGCAGCUCCGCGGGCACAGCCCUGUGCGCCCUCACGCCUGCCGCUUCUGCCCGAAGCUCUUCAAGGACCUGAACUACCGUGCUGUCCACGAGAAGGUGCACACGGGGGACACGCCCUACAAGUGCGACAUCUGCAGCAAGGGCUUCGCGCAUCCCAGCAACCUCCUGCAGCAUCAGAGGGUGCAUCGGGAUGGGUGA